UGAUAAGUGGUUAUGAGAGUUGUAAUAAAUAUGAAGUAAAAAAUCCCACGGGGCAGUGGAUAUACUUUGCAGUUGAAGAAAAUGAUGACUAUAAUCUAUACCGUUACGGAACUGCCAGAUCAUUUAUCAUAAAACUCUUUGAUAGUACAAACCAACCAGUCAUGCAAUUGUCAAGGAACUUCCAUUGUAUCUGUUGCUGCUUUCCUUGUAUUUGUUGCCUACAAAAGCUUGAGGUUCAAGCACCACUAGGCACAGUCAUUGGAUAUGUUAAGCAGAAGUAUUACGUCUGCACACCCAGAUUUGUUAUCCAGAAUGAGGCCGGAGAAAACAUUGUGAAAUUGGUUGGACCUAAUUUAUGCAACGUUCGUUUUAGGGAUGUUCCUUUUGAGAUAAUCCCUUUAAAUCAAAAAUCAGCAAUUGGAAAAAUCAUCAGGAAAUGGAAAGGAUUUGCAAUAGAAACUACAUCAGGUGCCAGCACCUUCAUAACCCAAUUCCCAAUGGACCUUGAGGUUAAAACGAAAGCCCUUUUGCUUGGAGCUUGCUUCCUACUGGAUUUUAUGUUUAAUGAACGAACUGGACCGCCGCGCCGCGAUCAGAGAUAACCAGAUGUAUACCAUUUUUCCUGACUUCAGAAAAAAUUCAAUACUGCUGCUUUUGUUUCUUAUCUAGCGGUUAAUCCAGUGGUGAGAUUCAAAAAUUUUCACUACCGGUUUGGUGGGCAUGGCUAGGUGGGUGGCAUGUGACUGAGUGGGUGUGGCCAACAUGAGAUCACUUAUGCCCAUUCCCAAUAAGUAAUAUCCCCCUCACCUAGCCACACCCACAGGAAAAGGUAGGGACCUUUUUUGGAUUUUUAGCUAUUUACCCGGGCCCUCCCUUCACUAGUCACCCCCAUUUCCUCCCCCCCCCACUUCUUUGGUUGCUUACCUUUCAGGGUGGCUGGUCUGAAGAAUUCUAGGAGUUGAAGUCCAUGCACCUUAAAGUUCCUAAGGCUGAGAAACACAGCUUUAGAAUAUAUAAUAUAUUAGCAAGACUCUUUUAUAACUGCUCAUAGUACUUCUAGAGGAACUCUAAUGAUAUUUCCAUAUGAAAGAUCAUACAGCUAACUAGAAACAAUUUCCUUUUCUUUGGUGCCUUGAUGGAUAUCAACAUUUGAGACUAUAGCUGUCAAAAAUAAUGUAAGUGUAUACAAUUAUUUUGAUUAAGUAUAAUUCAAAUAAAAACCUGAAUAAUAAUAAUUCCACUGUAAUAUAUAUUGGUUUUCAAAUACUUGUAAGAUUCAAUAAAACAUUUUAGCACUUUUCUUUAUUCACUACAUGGGUGAAUAAAAAUAAACUGAUUUAAUGUA